AUGGAGCAGAAUCCCAAGCGCCACGGCCAGGCAGAACCCCCAGCCCCGGAGCUGACCCCAGCGGAUGCGCGCCCAGGGCGACGCCACCCACACGUCAGCGGACGCGGCGGCGACGGCCACCAAUGGGAGCUGCCAGCGGUGCCGGCGCCUCGGGAGCGGCCAAUCACAACGCGGGGGCUGGAUGGGCGUGUCACGUGGUGCCAGGCGGUGCCACGGCCUGUUGGGGGCUCGGGCAUGGAGCCGGGGCCGGAGCCGCGGCGGUGGCCCGCAGCCAGCUGCGUGGUGAGCGGCGCUUCGCGGGGCUUCGGCCGCAGCCUGGUGCGCCUGCUGGCGCCGCGCCUGGGCCAUGGAUCGCUGCUGCUGCUGCUGGCACGCUCGGCAGCUCAGCUUGCCGAGUUGGCGGCCGAGCUGCGGGACACCGGCAGCGGGCUGCGAGUGGAGAUCGUGGCUGCCGACCUGGGCUGCGAGCAGGGCCUACGGCAGGCGACUGCUGCGUUGCGGGAGGUGCUGCCCGCCGGCCCGUCCGGCCGCCUGCUCCUCAUCAACAACGCCGGCUCCCUGGGAGACAUCUCCAAAACUUUCCUUGAUUUCACUGACCCAGAUGAGAUCAACAGCUACUUUGCCUUCAACAUUACCUCAGCACUUUGCCUCACCUCCAUUGCCCUGCAGGCCUUUGGAAAGCAGCCUGGCUCGAGCAGGACAGUGGUGAACAUCUCCUCACUCUGUGCCUUGAAGCCCUUCAAGAACUGGACACUGUACUGCAGUGGGAAGGCUGCUCGGGACAUGAUGUUCCAGGUGCUGGCGCUCGAGGAGCCUGAUGUCCGUGUGCUCAACUACGCCCCAGGUCCUCUGGACACGGACAUGCAGCUCUUGGCCCGAACCAAGACUGGGGAUGCAGACAUGCGUCAGCUUUUCCAGAACCUGAAGGAGAGUGGCCAGCUGAUAGACUGCAGUGUGUCAGCCCAGAAGCUGAUGAAGCUCCUGGAGGAGGACACCUUCUGCUCUGGUGCCCAUGUGGAUUUCUAUGACAUCUGAGCUAGUCUUGUCUUCACCUUCACCUUCCGGCUUUGUUUUCUCAGUAUGAAUUUUGUGCCUGAAGACAUGGAGCAAAGCUUGUCCCUGUGUUUCUUGCACCAGGACAGUAAACCAGCCAGACAGGGAGAUGGUUUUGGAGAGGAUGUGAAUUUUGGGUGCUGGCUGGAGUCAGCAGCUUACGUAAACCUGUGCCCAAGCGUAACAUGGGUUUGAGCAUAUCUGAGACACAUUCUUGAGCUCAUGCCAUGCGUCUGUCUGUAGAUUCUGUGUCCAAGCCUGGAUAUGGGGCUUCAGCCCAUCCUGGGUGGUUCUUUUAAUUAUUUGUGGGGUUCUAUCCUUGUCUUUUUCAUCAGGUUCCAAUUGCCACAGGCACUUACGGAAAGCAGCUUGUCUGCAGCAUGUGUUGAUGGAGUAAAGCUGCUUUGAAGCGCAGUGGCAUCCGCUGAGUGCCCCAGAAAUGUCCUACAUUCCUCUGUGUGCAGUGACAGUGACCUUCCUUGCACUCCUCUGUCUACACCCUGUAUUUCAAAUUUUUACCCACCUGGUUCUACAAUCAUUAAAAGUGUCAUGUCUGGUCUGUA